AUGUCAGAAACAAAGAAGCCAUCGUCAUCUACAUCUCCAUCUACUGGUACGGCAAAACCAGUCAAAGGAGUACAAAAAUUGGCAGGUGACAUUGGUAAGAAAUAUAAAUUACUUGUCCAAAUUAUGACAUCCGAUCCAAGAUAUGCCAAAGCACUAGCAGAUGUUGUUCCACCUGCACAACAUGAAAAACUUGCCGAUUCAUUAAUUUCACUUUCCUAUGAAAUUGGAGCAUCACUUGCCAUUAUUAAAUCUUUAAUUGGUUUAGAAUUUGAUAGAAAACAAUCUCAUCCUAGUACCAUUCUCAGAGUUAAUUCUAUCGUUUCUAAAAUGAUGGGUAAAUAUACUAAAAGAGUUGGUACUCAAUAUUUAAAAUUGUUAUUGAGCAAGGUUGUGAAUGAAGUUGUUGAACAGGCAGAAACUUUGGAUUUGGAAGUUGAUCCAGAGAAAGUUCAAGGAGAAAACAAACAAGAGAUUAUUGAUCGUCGUCUUCAACAAAUUGAAGAAGUUUGUCAACGUUUUCUCGAUCGUAUUACUUCUGAAUCAAUGAUUGAAGAAAUGCCACGUGAAUUGAGAGCUGUUUGCUAUUUUUUGAAACAAUAUGGUGAAUAUUACAAGUUUGAUAUUGAAAAGAUGAUUUUACCAUUGAUUUCUGGUUUUGUUUGUUUACGUUAUAUUUGUCCUGUUAUUGCCAUGCCUCAAAAUGCUGAUAUUAUUAAAAUGGAUGAUUGGAAGAAGGGAUGUGUCAGACAAAAUUUAACACAAAUUGCAAAAGUAAUUCAAAAAUUGGCCAAUGGUGAAUUGUUUGAUACAGCAACACCUUCACUCAUGCCAUUGAAUGGUUGGAUUCAAAAGAAUCAAGAAGGUAUUUUCAAAUAUAUGGCUCAACUUCCAGUUGAUCCAAAACAACAAGAAGGUUUGAAUCCAUUCGGUGAUUUGCAACGUUCCAUUACAUUUGAAGAUAUUCACUACAAAUCAUUUGAUAUGGAUGAUUUAUUGUUCCUUCACACUUUAAUUUAUGAUUAUGGUUAUGAGUUAAUUGUUUCAUUGCAAAAUGAAGUUAUCAUGACACAUGACAAGAGACCAGUUAGUAUUGUGAGUACAGAAACUGACUUUUUAUCACUUGUUCAAGAUUUGGGACCUCCACCAGAAAAAGAUAGAAAACUUCCACUUCCUGAAAAGAAACAAGAACCACCAAGAAAGGGCUCUGUUAAACCAAGUGAUAAGAAAGACGAAACUGCACAACCUCAAAACAAACUCCAAAGAGAAACACUUGUUGGUAAGACAUAUGAUCAAAUUCAAGAAAAGGUUUUGGAACGUUCAAUGGACAAUUUGAUGAAGAAUAGUGAAAAGUUUGACUUGUCUGAGCUUGAUAGAACUAGAUUUUUAUAUGUUGGUAAGCCAACUCGUCAAAAUUUACCUGUUGUGUACUUGAUUUUGCAUCGUUUAAAGCAAGAAUUUUUGAAUCACAAUGACAAGUUAAUGAUUUACAUUUACAAAACUUUGGGUGCAUUGUUUAAUCAAAAGUAUUGCUUGAUUAUUGAUUUGAGUUGGGCUGAUAUGGCUGAUGAAUAUCAAGCUUUAUUAUACAGAGCUGUUGUUGCCUUUGCUAGAUUAAUGAAGAUUGAACAUUUGGCCAAUUGUCAACAAAUUUAUAUUUUGCAUCCAAAUUUCAAGACCAAGACAGCUGUUGAUGAUAUUUUCAAUAUUAUUCCAAAUGAAACUAGACAAAGAUUAAUCAAGGUCAAGUAUGAUUGGACCUCUUUGAGUGAUAUCAUUGAACCAAUCAAGAUUUGGAUUCCAUUCGUUUCUAAAAAGUUUAUUCCAACCACUUACAAUCUCAUGUUAAUGAAGGAAAAGGGUGACAGUGGUAAUGAACGUUUAAUGAAGAUUACCAACGAUUCACUUCUCGUUUUGGACUCUAAAUUGGGAACUGUUCUCGAUGAAAUUCCAUUCACAACCAUUGUUGACAUUAGAAUUAAGAAGAAUUGUAAUGAAUUCUUGAUCAAACACAAGACUGAAACAGAACACAUGUUAAAGGAAAGAGGUGGUGAUCUUGGAUACAUUUCCAAGAAUAUUGCAACUGCCAAUCAAACAGAAGUUGUCAAGAGAUUCAAUUGUGUCUCUGAUCAACAAAGAGAUAACCUUGUUGAAACCAUUGCUGAUGUUGGUGUAAGAUGUACUUCAUUGGAAAAGAAACAAACUUUCAUUGUUGAAAAGGAUACUAAAUCUGGAAAGAGACAAAAGAGAAUUCUCAAAUUUGCCUAUGACUCUGUACUCGUCUUUAAGGAAGGUGUUAUUAAGAGAGAAAUUCCAUUCUCCACACUCCAAUCCUUCUAUAUUGAUAAGGAAGAAAAGAGUAGAAUGUUCAUUAACUUUAUGUUACUAGGAAGAAAGAAGGCAUACGUUGUCUAUCAUGAAAAUGCAACAGCUCUUCGUGAUAGCUUGUUGGACACUGUUGUUAGAUUCAAGUUUAAUGUUGAUCUUGAAAAGGAACUUUUCAUUAGAAAGGAUUUGGAUGCAGUUGUUGAUCGUUUCUUCUCUGCUGCCAAGGACAAGACUCUCACUGAUGAAUCUGGUUUAACCUCUGACAUCAAACAAAUCGUCAAUAUUCACAAUGCUUCUGAAGAUAUUAAGAAAUUAUUCUACAAAUUCAAUCCUCAGAAUGAUAAGCGUGCUCCACUAAGUGUCGAUAAGAUGAGAAUUAUUGCUACAAGUCUCAAUGUUGAUUUUUCUGAAGAACAUAGCAGACAUUUGGUUAGCAUUUUGGAUGAAAAGAGUGUUGGUUAUGUGGUUUUGGAUGAUAUUGUAAGGAAUUACAUCCUCAACAAGAGAAUGAAGGGUAUGAUUCAAAAGAGAAAGGAUGCACUUGUUAAGAGAAAUGAAAUACUUCAAAAGCAAGGAUCCUCUUCAUCUAAGUAAAAUAAUGUACUUUAAUAAAACAGUUUAGAAAUUGAAUUCAUGUUCA